UUUCUCCUCUACCUAAAUAUUAUGACACUGACAAGAGAUGUGUGGCCUGUAACUUGGGCGCGUCGCCAUUUAUUUCAGUUCUUAUACCGAAAUUGAAUUUGUUUGAAUUUGACCCGGUCUAAUCCGGUUUAUCCUCAACUGGUUCGAGACUUUAUCUUCUCAAUUACUCUUUCGUUUUCUCUUCGCUUGUGUAUCUGCGAGCGAUUUCUCGAAGCACGAAAAUGGCGUCCGUACGACUCUUCUUCACUUUAAUCUCCUUCGUCUUCAUUAUAUCCACCUCUGUUUACGAAUCAAAAGUAUUGGAUCCUCCUCACGUCGCUGAAUCAUUCAACGUUAGCCUCAUCCAGAAAUUGGGGAAUACUUGUGCUUACACAGUGAUCAUCUCGACGAGCUGUUCGUCGACUAGGUACACGCGCGAUCAGAUCAGCGUCGCUUUCGGCGAUGGCUAUGGUAACCAGAUAUACGCACCAAGGCUUGAUGAUCCAUCUACAAAAACGUUUGAGCAAUGUUCAUCAGAUACAUUUCAGAUAAACGGACCAUGUACAUACCAGAUAUGCUAUGUAUAUCUCUACAGGUCUGGUCCAGAUGGUUGGAUCCCAAACACUGUAAAGAUAUAUAGCCAUGGCUCUAAAGCGGUCACCUUCCCAUAUAACACAUAUGUUCCUGAGAGUGUAUGGUAUGGUUUCAAUUACUGCAACAGCGCCUCAGAUUCUAAUGUCCUUGCCAUUGGUCUCAGAAGGAGCGUGAUCAUACUCCUAGGUUUUGUUGUCGCCGGUACCACAUUGCUCUUGUAAGCUGUUAUGUUUCCGGUUUUGUAUAAACAUAUUAGGACUUGUGAAGAAUAAAUGUGUACCGUUUUGGGGAAAUGGGUCUCAGAACUGUAUUAAGUAUUAACCAUAAAUCUAUGAUGAAGUUACUUACUCCUAAUUACAGAGUCUGUAAAUCUUAUGAGCAGUGUGUAUCCAUUUUAGAAAUUUGUGACAGUUCAUCAACUAUAUAUGUGAUAGAAAACGAAUUGAUUAUGUUUGAGCUUUGGUUUUAUCAUAUCGUCGAAAAAUGAAGAAAGUUACUAUUUUAAUAGAAAAGCCAACAAAGAAGAUAUUUUUGAGUCUUUGAUUAAAAAAAGGAAAGAUAGAUAUUUUUGAGUGUUUGACCUAGAAACGACACGCAUUCUCUUAUCAGAAUAAAUAAACGGCAGAUUAGAGAUUG